AACAUUUUGAGGACUCCUGCUUUUUGAAUUACAUAACCCUACUUUUCAAACCUUCCUUACACACUAUCCUAAUGAUUUAAGCGCUAGUAAAAUGAUGAAUAUAUCUAAAGUAGCCCUCCGUUCGAGGGUGUCUCGGGUCAAGCUAACCUCACAGUUAGCCGGGCUUGCAACCACCCCUGAUGAAAAAAUCGAAAUUCCGAAACGUGUCCCCCGUGGCCCCACGGACAUCCUCCGUGCGUUGGAGAGUACAGUGGGGCGGGACCCAACCGCCGCCCAUUACAAAUACCAUGAUGACCCAUAUCUAAUCCCAUUAUCUAAUAACGGGAAGCGCGUUUUUGCGUUGUCCCAAGAGGCCGGUCGUAAAGCGGCUCAUUGGAUAAGACGCGAACAUGCCGAUUUGUUUCAACACCGGGAGGCCGAUCCCACGAUAGAGGCCUUUGUGCCCCCUAUGGUCUUUGACGAAAAAAGCGAAGUUGCCGUUACUGACCUCCAGAAGCUCAUAAAAACGGCUCAAGUGAGUGACGCCGUCGUGGUUUAUAAGCUACUGAAGGAGAAAGGGGCUGAGGUCGCCCCCGAGCUGGAGCAAGGCUUGCUGGAGUUAGUCUGCUACCAGAAUUGUGAGGACGGCCUCUCGGAUGAGUUUAUCGAGGAAAAGUGGUUCAAACAGUCGCAGAAGGGUAAGGAGAAGUUGAGGAAAACGUGGAAAGAUGGCGAUUUUGCGGAACAACUUUUUAUGAACUUGCCUAAUAAAACACCAGAGGCUUAUUGUGCCAUAAUCCAGGGCAUGGCUAAGUAUUAUCAGGUAGAUAGGGCCGUGCAAUUGUUUGAGGAAGCCCAACAAAACAACAUUCCUCUCAAUACCAACACUUACAAUUCUUUAAUUUCUGCCGUCAACAUUAUGAAAGAAAGCUUCGACUUAAGAUGGUCCCUCGUAGCCCAAUUUCUCAACCAAAUGAAAGACGCUAAACUUAAACCGAACUUGGGGACACUUAACGCUAUACUUGCCGCACUCAGUUCGAUGGGUAACCCAGUGGGGGCGAGAAAAUACGCCCUUAUGACACUGUCCCAGUUUAGAGAAUUGGGGAUUGAGCCUUCGCUAGGCUCGUGGAGUUUGGUUUUGAAUACUUUUUACAAAGACAGGGGACCAGUGAGUACAAUUUUGCACGAUAUAAUUAAUUUAGUAGAGAAUAAAGAACACCAAAUUCGGGAUUUGAAAGACGUUCAUUUUUUUGUAACGGCUAUGGAAACUUGUCGGUUCUACUUGAACGACGUCUCUUUGGCCAAACGCAUCGAUCGGCUGUUACAUCACGGCGAAAAUUAUAACUUAAUUGGGGAUUCUUACAAAGAAUCGGUCUAUUAUCGUCAUUACUUUGCCCUUCUUUGCGCGAAUCUGCCCAUCGAAGAAUUCAUGAAUGACGUUUACUACAAAUUAAUACCCCACAUUUACGUACCCGAGCCUGCACUAAUGGCCGAAGUGCUCAACCAAGUCGACGUUAACGGUGCCAUUGAAUACGUGCCAAAAUUAUGGUCAGACUUGGUUAUUUUCGAUCACGCCCAUCGUGAAAAUCUUAUUGAAAUGGUUCUGAACUCGAUGACAAACAACGAGGAGCUUCUCACUCCUGAAUUGAACGAAAAAUUCGCCACAGUCGGGUGGGACAUUUUUUCGAGGUUUGACGAUCAGGAUAGUUAUAAAGUUAGCAGAAUGAAGGUUGCAUUGUCGGGUGAUUUUCUGGGGAAAAUUUUACUGUUAUUAGCGAGAAACAAAGAGUUUGAGAAAGCGUGUUGCGUCAUGGAGAAGUUGGAUAGAAAUCAGCAAAGUAUCGCUGGAGUGCCGAAAGUUGAAGCGUUGGACAAGUUUGUCGAUUUGUGCAUUGAGGAGAAAGCGCCCUCACGGGCUAUUGCCUGUAUCCAGUAUUGCGUCGAUUGUGGCUAUGGGGAGGCUAACGCCAUGGCCGUCAGACUUCACAAAAAGCUCACUUUGGACGAAGUUUUCCUCGACAAGCUUACGAAAAUCGUGGGCGACAUCUCACUAGCUGGUGCUAAGGACUCUGUUUAAGUUGUAGUUUUCUUGUAAUAAAACAACGUUUAAGUA